CCCAUGUCGAUGGAAUGCGUUUUCGCCUAUUGUGUGCUCUGCACUGCUGCCCUGUUUUCCUUGAUUUCAUAGAUGCCCCGCCCUCUCCCCCUGGUGACAUGCAAGUACUGAUGCAUCUUCCCGAGGUUCACCGCCUUGUCUGCGCAUCCGUGAAUCGGUGCUAUUUGCCGAUCGACCAGUUGAUUGGUAGAGCCUCCUUCAGGAAGUACGCUUAUGUGAAUGGUGCCUGUAAGGAAUUCAUCUACGGCGUCGUGGGCGGCAAUGAGAAUCGCUUUGACUCUAAGGAGAAAUGCGAGUGGUUUUGUGGCCGACACGCAAAUCCUUUAAAUAUUUUUAUGUGUGAUGCAACGUAA